AUGGAAACGUGGUCAGUUGACCAGGUCUGCAGGUGGUUGGUGGAGAAAAACUUAGGAGAGCUAGUUCCCAGGUUUCAAGAGGAAGAAGUCAGUGGAGCUGCUCUCUUGGCGCUUAACGAUCGUAUGGUACGGCAGCUGGUAAAGAAAAUUGGGCACCAGGCUGUUCUGAUGGACUUCAUUAAAAAAUAUAAGCAGAGCAAUCAAGGACUGAAGUCCACUGAGGACCCCAAGGAGACACCUCUGCUCACCCAGACACAAGCAACCCCUGAGAACGAACAAUCCCUUGGUUCCAUCAGCUAUCAGGAAAAGAUGCCAUCUUUCCAUCCAGUUGAAAACCUUGAAACUGGACAAAUUGACCAAAGAGUAUUGAAACAGAGAAGAAAUGUGAAACAUAUUCUAGCAAGGACUAAAGCAUUACAAUGGACCAAGUCCUAUGUUAUACCAGAGUUUCCCUAUGAUGUCAAGUGCAUGCUGGCAGAGCAGAAGAGCCCUGAUCACAGCAUGAGGAUAAGAAUCAUUGAGUUUCUCCAGGCUGACAUGACUAAGUACCUGGAAGGCUCACUGUACCCCAGCACCCAGCAGUACAACGAUGUGGUCAAUGCUCUGCUGCAGGCCCACCCUUUCCUGGAUGAGGACGGCUGUGGCUUUUUACUAUGGAAACGAGCCCUCAAAGAUCGCUUUAAAUAUGUUCGAAGACCCAUAGAAGACGACGAACAAGUAAUGAGAAAUAAAUGCAAAUUUGGACACCGAAGAGGCCAGACAAGGAAAUCUCUUGCUGAUAUAAGAUCUGAUGAAAUUAAAAUUGUCCAGAUAAAAGAGGAAUCUGUUUGCUUGGAUUCCAAGGUGGAUGAGCAUAUUAACUGGCUCCAGCAAGAGUUUGUGAAAACAGAGAAGGACUGGAGAGAAAUCGACAGGAGGAUGAGCCAGACUUUGGAAAUAAGAAGAAAGAUGAUUGGUUGCCGAAUGCCUCUGAAGGAGAUUCUCAAGAUGUUUCCUUUCCUGAAGUGCCCCUACCAGAUGUUCAGAGAAGUCCAACUUCUUACAAGAACAGAUAUUUAUAAGAAAACAAGACAUAUUUUGGAAUCUUACUCAGAAAAUAUACUGGCUGCUUUUGCAGUGGUGGACAAUCCAAUCAACAUUGCACUGCAAGAAAAAAUGAAGCAGAAUACAGAUGAAGACAUGUUGAAAUAUAUGAAGAUGACAGCCAUGUGUUUACUCCUCCCAGAUGUUUUUGGGGAUGAUCCUAGCCUUUUUGUUAUUGUGAAUGAGAGGGUGCAUGUGUCCACGCCCGUGUUAGAAGUUAAAAACCCUUUCAACAUCGACAUCUGUGAGUUUUCUCUAUACCUGGACAAGGAGAAGCUCGCUAAGGUGGAUGACUGUGUCACAGCCCUGGCUGCCCUUGUGGCCACCUUUCAUGUAUUUGGGAUUGAGUGUCCAAGAAGACUGUCCCAAACCCUCAACUUCCUAGAGACAUUGAUCUUUGAUGUGCAGAAUCUCUAUUUUCCUUUUCUGAAAGAAAAGGAAAUACGAUUUCAAUCUCCAAGUCAGCUGAAGCUUUAUAAACAACUGAAAAUUGAUUUAGGGUUGCAGUAG